CGCUGUUGAUGUGGAUAAGACUGAUGCCCUUUCGCAAUCAUUUCGUCAUGUGUAUAUAUGUUUUCUGUAUUGUGUUCAAGUGGGUGCUUGCUUACGCUUAAGAAUGUUUUGUUCUCGAGCAAGCAGUUUGGUGGAGAAAAGCUUAGAUUUUUAUAUUUGGGUUUAUGAUUAAUUAUGAAAUUUUUUAACUGUGCUGUGGUUGAUUUCUUCUAGUGGAUCUAGGAAAAGCGCGAGUUUUGAUGAUCAUGAACCCUCCCCACCGGUACACAUUCUUCUCAAAGAUUAAUUAACUAUUGAUUGUCUCUUUGUCUUUUUUUUUUCUUGAUGAAAUCUGAGUGUAUUUUUCUUUUCUUUUUUUAAGUUUUUGCAUGUUGAAAAAUUCCCUGGUGAUUGCAUGUUGCGAUUAGUAUGAUUUCUUCUUCUAUCUUCCUUUUUUAAAAAAAAAAAUAAUAAUUCAGAAAAGAAGAUGUGGCUUUCAGGAUCAAUCAGAAGCCAUAAAUGAUGGAUUUUGUGAAUGAUGAUCUUUGAUACAGUUCUUUUUCAUGUACACACUCUAAGUUCUGUGCCGUUUUGAUGGAAAUAGGAAUUUUUCUAUGCGGAAGCUGGUAAUGAAGCACUGAAUCCAGCUGUUGGUUCUUAAAAAGUCUUUCUUCUAUAAUUUCCUUUUUGGUGUUAGGUUUGUACGGAUUAAUGCUAGUUGGUGCAUUGAAGUCCAUCUUGGAAUGUGAUCCCGUAGUAGGUGGAGGAGCUUCACUUAACUUGAUUUCUUUGCAACUUGUGUUCCAAAACAAAAAGAUUGAACCCUAAUACCUAAUAUUAUUCUUUUUUCCUUGCAAGAUUCUUCCUUUUUUUUGCUUCUGAAGUUGUUGAGAAGUAGAUUUCAUGCUUGGUUUUGGGUUGUCUUCUGGUGCCAAAGGAAGUUAAAAAUGUUUAUUUUUACUGAAACUGUUUUAUCUUCUGCUGCCAAAGGAGCUCUAAACUGUAUUUUUCUACUGAUAUGAUGGAUUUAAUUAAGUUUCGUAGUUGAUGAUAAUUUUAUCUGAUUUUAUUCUUGUUGGUUAUUUUUCAUUUGUUGUGCUGGCCAAGCUUGACGUUUCUGUCUUUUAAUGAGUUUAUUUUUUUUGCCAACAUCAAGUGCUUUGUAGUUAGAUGCCUAGUUUUGCAGUGAUUUUUUCUAAUCUGCUUUGAUCACUAAAUCCAAAAUAAUGGAUUAAAGGAAAGGCAUGAGUUGAUAUUUUAUUUUUCUUUAAGAAUGUUUGGCUUUUUGUUGUUUCCAUGAAUGUGUUAGAAUAGUAAGGGGAUUUUGCUAAUUUUGUGUCAAUCAUUCAAGUAAGGAAAGUCUUGUGUUGUCUUGGAUGAAAGCAAAAUGUGUUUUGGUUUAAAGUCGUGUAGAGAUAACUGUGGAGAUGGUUUAAUCUUAGAAAUGUUUGUUUUCCCACUGAGAUGAUUGACUAGGUUGCCUAAUUAACGAUGUUAUUCUUUGUUGGUUUGAUCUUUAGCUUUGAUGUCUAAGCAAUUAUUUGUCAUUUUUCAGUGUCUUCCUAUAAUUUUGUGUCAAUAUAGUAAGUGCUUUUUGUGAUCGGAUGCCUAGCUUUGCAAUGAUUAAUUAUGUCUACUCUGCGUUUAUAAUUUAAUGGCUUUAAGAAGGCAUUGGUGUUUUUUGUUUUGCUUCCAUGGAUGAGUAACCUUGGUUCUUCCAAUAACAUUCACAAUAUAAAUGGGAAACGAAGGAGCUUUUGCUAUGUUCGUGUUAACCAUUCAAGCCCGCGAAGUCCUUGUGUUGUGUCUGAUGAAAUCGAAUUGUAAAUUUGGUUUAUUACCUGUUGUGGUGUCAAAAGUGCUUCAUCUUGAUAUCAAUAUAUGAAGGUCACAAAACAGAUAAUGGAGACGCAUAUACUUUCCGUUUUUUCAUGGGCUCAUACUCAGACAUUCGUUCUUGGAAAGAAUGAGAUCAAUAUCAAGUGGGAAGACAAUUCAAAGAUAUAUAUACUUCAAGAGACUUACGCGUUUCUCAAGCAUGGUGGAUUUAGUGGGUUUGCUGGCUUGAAGCUGAAGAUUGGCAAAUUCAUUUGUUGGUUAAUCUAUUCUAUGAUCACAGAUGCAUCAGCUUCAUCAGCCUUCCUUUCCUCUCAUCUCUCGGCUAGAGAACAUUUCGGAGAUGAUACAGCCAAAUCUAUGACGAGAGUGCUUCAUCAAAGGUCCAAUUCUCAGAAACAGCAAAAGGUGUGAUCGUGUGACCAGUCUUCUUCUCAUAUUCACAGCAAAUGUGAGUAUAUUAUGAUCAAUAUCCUAAAGAGUCGAGUAGUUUAAUUUUGAUUGUCUUCUUAAUGAUUUUUGCAACAAUUUAAGGUCAUUGAGAAAAUGGAUGAGAAUCUUACUUAAGAAGCGAGUAGUUUAAUUUUGAAGCUCUUUGUUACAAUCAUACUGCAAUAUGUAAAUUGUUUUAGAAAAAUGGGAGUCGUGUGGAGUUAGUAGCCACCCACUCUUUGAGUCAAACUGUGUCCCACUCAUUUCUUUGCAAGCCUAAUACUUCCAAAACCUCACCCUGAUUUCUUUUCUCACUUGCUUGUUGCUCAAAUUAUACUAUUAAACUUGAAGUCAAAACUCC